UAUAUUUACACACAAAGUAGAGAAGUAGAAAGACACAAUGUAGAAAGACACAAAGUCGUUCCGUCAAUGUUUCCCGCUACUUUGUCCCAAAAAGUAAAUCACGGCAUAUCUACACAUUCGAAAUAUUCGAACACCUUACUUGAGCGGCGUGUAGCGCCGUAUUCGAGAUGGCAGGUGAGAAACGGGGGAGGUACAAGCUCUACCUGGAACCAAGUCAGGAAAGGCCCAAAGUGCCAAGACAAACAUUGUUUAAUGAUCGGCGUCGCGCAUCUGUCCACCCAGCUUCGUCAGGACUGCAGGACACCAUUGAGGAUGAAGUCGAAGGAGCGCAGACUCCGGAGAAUGACGAGAGCUGUGGCUCCUGCGAGAGUGACUCAGAUGAUCUGAACGACAUCUCUGAUCAGGAUGAGCUAGACGAUCUACUUGCAACACCACGCGACAUCUCUGCUGAGGAAGAGUUUGAAGAUCGACUUCCAACCGCACCAAACCCGAAUCCACUCAGGGAAGAAGACAACGCAGAAGUCGAUACUAACGUAGACGCCGAAUUCGAAGAUAUUCUCAGAGAUUAUGGCGAUGAAAAGCUACCAUACCAAAACACGACCGUGUUGCAGGGCUUGCUACUUAUAUUAACAUAUGUGGUUUCAGCUGGCUUAUCCUGGAGUCAAGUUGAUCUUCUGUUGAAGCUUAUCAAUGCUCUUCUUGGAAAAGAUGUAUUUCCAAACAGCAAAUAUGGCUUCCGCAAGCUUUGGAAUCUACGAAAGAAGGGCACGAUGAACAUGCAUUAUUUUUGUGGCACCUGCAAUUACGAAAUGCUUCCUGUGUCAACUGAUAUCGGUGCCAUGCUGCAGUGCAAGAUCUGCUCACGUAAAACCACUGAGCAGGUGCUAAUCAGAGAAGGCAAAUUUUUUGUAACACUUGACCUUCGUCGACAGUUGCAACACCUUCUGAGACAUACUGGUACCAUUGUGGGAAGUAAUCUACAGCGCAUUGCAUCCUCGCAAAGAUCGUCAGACUGCAGUGACAUAACCGAUGGCGCACUAUACCACGAAACACGGCAACGGUUCUGCAUGACCAGCGAUGACCUGACACUUACCAUCAAUACAGAUGGGUCUCCGGUAUUCAAAUCAAGCAAAUCGUCAGUCUGGCCAAUACAAGUUAUGCUCAACGAACUCAGUGUCCUACAUCGAUGGAGACACAUAAUUGUAGCCGGAUUAUGGUUUGCCAAGGAACACCCGCCAACCCAUCUGUUUAUGAAGGCAUUUGUUGAUGAGGUCAUCAAGGUUGGAACCAUCGCAUGGACAUAUGGCAGCACUCUUGUACGCUCACGCAUCUUUCCCAUCCUGAGCUGUGUAGAUUCCCCUGCCCGUGCAGCGCUACUAAAUCACAAGCAGUACAAUGGGUACUAUGGUUGCCCAUGGUGUAUGCAACAAGGAACCAUUGUUGAAGGCAUAAUUAAGUACCCCUAUGAAGAGGACGUCAUCGAAAGAACGCAUGAUUUGGUGGUACAUACAAUGAAGGCUGCUGCUCGUGAAGGCCGUGUUAUAGAUGGCAUCAAGGGCCUCUCUCCGCUUGUGAAACUUUCAAGCCUUGAUUUAGUCUGGGGGUUCCCACCUGAUUACCUCCACUGUGUUUUAGAAGGCGUUACAGCACAGCUCACAGAUCUAUGGCUUACUACAACUGGAGCGCCUUGGUACAUUGGGAACAAACUACAGCUACUUAAUGACCGUAUUGCUCUGAUCCAUCCACCACUGACAUUUACCCGUCUACCAAGAGGUGUUAGCGAAAAGGCUCUAUGGAAAGCAACAGAAUGGAAAUAUUGGCUUCUGUAUUAUGCUCUUCCAUGCUUGCAAGGUGUGCUGCCAGAUAGGUUUCUGAGACACUUUGCCCUUCUCAGCCACAGCACUUACUUGUUGCUUAAAAAAACGGUCACGGAAAGAGAUAUCGCACAAGCUAGCAAGUUGCUUAAGACCUUCGUUCAGCAAGUCUCAGCACUGUAUGGGGAAGCAGCAGCCACGUUCAAUGUGCACCAAUUGCUCCAUCUGGCAAAAUCGGUGAGACUGACAGGGCCACUCUGGGCAACAUCAACUUUUCCAUUUGAGGGUGGCAAUGGUGGUAUUCUAAAACUGGUUUCUGCUGCAAAGGGCGUCCCAAUGCAAGUGACUGAACGGUGUGUCAUGCAACAAGCUCUGGAAUACCUCACGAGGGUAACUGCUAUGCCGCCUCGGUUGGAGACUCGUCGACUGCAAAUUUCGGCAACAAAAACUAAGUCUUAUGAGACACAUGUUCUAGGGAGUCCAGUAGUGCGUCCUGGCGCUCUGGAGAACUUUGUACUUGAGCUUUUCCAGCGUCACUUUGGGACUUUGCCUGAAAUUACUGAAUUUUUCAGGGCACGUAUUCAUGGUUUUGUUCUUCACAGUGCCACAUACACACGAACGGAAAAGACGUGUUCCCAGUAUAUUCAAGGAGCAAGCGGGGAUUAUUACAGGGUGAUGCAUAUAUUUAGUGUUAAAGAGGAAAUCAUUCUUGUAUGCCAAAGACUACUGACAUCAGAAGCCUUCGGUGUUUCAUACUUGCACCGGUGUGAACACCCACCACAACAGGAAGGUCUGUGCCUGCUAUUCAAAGACGAUAUAUGUGCGUUGUGCAUACACAUUCAGCAAAAAACAAGUUGUUUUGUUGCAGACAUCCCAAACGACUAUGAGACGGAUUAGCACUGUGAAAAUGACGCUAAACGAAAAAAAAAAAGAACAUUUCUAGUCAAACAAUAGGGGUUGAUCUUGAGGAGCACUGAUUUGACAGUAUAGAGGGGCACUCAAAUGUAAAAACAACUUUUUCUCAAAUUAAAGUCCAUGUUGGAAUUACAACAAUUCAAACAAAAUUAGUUCACACAAUGCAAGUGCAAUGAAAACAGCACAAAAAAUGGCAAAGAAUGGGAUCUCAGGAAGCAGAUUGACAGCAUCCAUUGAGACAGCAGGAGAAGCGUGCACACCUAUUGUUUGUGUGUGGAUUUAGAACAGGUCCAAUCACUGUGUUCCAUAUAUGCCUGGUAUGAUGCGCACUGCUGCAUUUUUCAGUACCAACUCACUGGAUUGCAGCCUACAACAGCUCUCGCAAAUGUUUCACUGACAACAUUUAUCUCCACCUCUUUCGGACAGUGACGCCAGUUUGCUUUGCAACACACACUAUGUUUUUCACCAGGACUGCUCCAUGGUGUGGCACCUGCAUGCAUGCGCAGCAUGGAUUAGAAACACCGAUGCAUUGACGUUCACUUCUUAGCGCCGAAACAAGAAAGAGUUCCGUAUAAUUUUGAAUAGUUUAGAAUUAUAACCUGUAUGAAAUUAAAAUAGUGUGUAACAUAAUUUGAAGUGAACUUGAUUUUGCAUUUGAGUGCCCCUUUAAAGUGUUUUAGUCCUACUGUUGUCAACACUGUUUUGUUCCAGGAUGUACUACAAAUUACGGUGUGUAGUGCUGUACUGACAGACUGGCACUACAUUGUCUCCACUAUUUUUUACUUGUGUUCUAUGCAUAUCGCUUAAUGCUUCGUAUAAAUAAUCGCUUUAGUACUGUUCUCUAACUCUUGACAUUGUGUACAAAAUAAGCACGCAAUUCAAAAGGUAUGGGGCCACCCACUGGCAUUAAUAUUUGUCUGUUGUCACCAUAGACAAAAACUUUCGCAGUCCUGUGUGCUCAUAUGAAUGGAUGUUUGUUGAAGCUUUUGUGUGUAUAUGGUUCCAGAUGCCCUUGUACUCAGUAGAAUAAAUCACUGGUUUUGAAUGGCAACACAUA